UAACUGCAAACAGAGCGCUUCUCGUCAUAUCGUGAAAUGUAAUUUGGUCGUGCCAGUAACAUAAGCCUGUUACUGCUGUUUUGUUAGUGAUCUCGUUAAAUAAAAGAUUUGAUAUGAGGUGGCUUACAUUGUUAAUCGUAAUACUUGUGACCGUACCGACUGUACUAAGUUAUGGCAUACAAUCUAAGGAUUCGUUGAACAAAUUUGAAGAUGAAUCACAGCUAUUUACUAGAGAUAGACGGUCAAUGCCUUUUCUGUCGAAUCAACCGAACAAAAACUAUCAGGAAUGUAUAACGCCUGUCGGAAGUAAAGGAUAUUGCAAGCACGUACAACAUUGUUCACUUUCCGAAUUUAAGCAAAAUUUUUGGCGGUUCCUGAACUACUUGUGCAUUAUCGAGACAUUCUCAAUAGGUGUUUGCUGUCCCAGUGAAAUAUCAGAUAAAGCUAACGCAGUAAACCUGCCUGAAAGUGGUGAUUUUGAUGCAAUAGUAUGGGGUAUCGAUAAUGAUGAAUCGAAAGCAGAAGCUAUUAUAUCUCGACCGGAAGAAAGAGGUUGCGGACUUGCUACCAAAUCUUAUCCGAAAAUUACUGGUGGACAUCCAGCUGAUCCAGGCGAAUGGCCCUGGAUGGCCGCAUUACUUCGUCCUGGACGUGGAAAAUCAUUUUGUGGCGGUGCUCUUAUCACAGAUCGUCAUGUACUCACGGCCGCACAUUGCACAUUCAAGUACAAUGUCGACGAGAUUUUCGUGCGGUUAGGUGAAUACGAUUUUAGCGUCUUUAACGAGUCAAGAUUUCGCGACUUUCGCGUAUCUGAUAUCCGGCAACACAUUGAUUUUGAUGGUACGACGUAUGACAAUGAUAUAUCGAUAUUGAAAUUGCAACGGGCGACUUUAUUCAAUUCUUACAUUUGGCCGGUCUGUAUGCCACCUAGUGGCGAGUCAUGGGAAACGUAUCAAGGUGUUGUGAUUGGUUGGGGAACUCAAUUCUUUGGCGGACCAGCGUCAGAUGUACUAAUGGAAGUCGUGGUGCCAAUAUGGACACAAAAACGAUGCAAAGAAUCAUUCACACAAAGAAUUACUGAAUCCGUUAUUUGUGCUGGAGCUACAGAGGGUGGGCGAGAUUCGUGUCAAGGCGACAGUGGUGGACCACUUUUAAUUCAGUUACCUAAUAAACGUUGGGUCAUCGUUGGAAUCGUUUCGUGGGGAAUGCGUUGCGGUGAAGCUAAUCAUCCUGGAAUUUACACAAGGGUUAGUUCAUACAGUCAAUGGAUAAUUGAAAAUUCAACUUUUUAAAGAAAAUAUUAACAAAGGUGAUGCUUUUUUAAUUGUAAAGUUAAAUAAAUCGUGGAAAUGAACAUCUUU